AUGGACCCCUUCGGCGCCGAAGGCGAACUCGUCAACAUCCACACCGCAUUCAUCCAAGGCCAAUACCAAUCCGUGCUAGACGACUACUUGGCCUCCUCCUUCUCCGACUCCAACAAACUCCCCAUCCAAGUCCUCCAAUACCGCGCCCAAUGCGCCCUAGGCCAAUACAACGAAGUCAUAAGCGCCAUCUCCGACUCGGACGCGAAAUCCACCCCGGACCUCGCAGCGGUUCGGACCUACGCUUCAUACCUCUCUCAGCCCAGCGACGCCGCCGUGAAGGAGGCGAAGCGGUUAGCGGAGAGCGAAGGGGAGAGUUUGAGCGUGCAGCUACUCGCGGGGACGGUGUUGGCGCGGGCGGGCGAGCAGGAGGCCGCGCUGCAGUUGCUGGCGAAGCACCAGGGGAGUCUGGAUGCCGUAGCGUUGAUCGUGCAGAUCCACCUCUCGCAGAACCGGACGGACUUGGCGGUCAAAGAGGCGCGAAGUGCGCGGAGUUUCGCGCAGGACGCUCUGCUGGUGAAUCUGGCGGAGAGCUGGAUUGGAAUGCGGCAGGGCGGGGAGAACUACCAGAAGGCGUUUUACGUCUUCGAAGAGGUCACGCAGGGCCCUUCGUCCGCGUCGGCGACGUCCCUGAUCGCGCAGGCCGUGAGCGAGUUGCAUAUGGGACGGAUUGAGGAGGCGGAGACGGCGCUGAACCAGGCUUUGACGCUGGAGCCGGAGAAUAGCGCGGCGAUUGCGAAUCGGUUGGUGCUGGAUACAAUCGCGGGCAAGGAGACGGUGGAGUUGCAGAAGAAGCUCGCGAGCGUGGAUAAGGAGCAUGAGAUGUUGGCGGAUUUGGCGGCGAAGAGGGAGGCGUUCCAGGCGGCUACGGCGAAGUAUAAUCCCAAGUUUGAGCCAUGA